AUGUUAAAUAAAGAGGAUAUAGGGUUAUUGAGUCUAUCAAGCACAACAGUCCAUGAGGCAGAUGAUGGAGAUGAGUUUAUACUCUUGGGAAUGCACCAAAUACCAGUGACCAGCCACUGUGUCCAUAUCAUGAAUGUCAUUUGCCCUUUAUUGGUUUCUCCACGUCCUGCUAUCCAGACUGCCAGUCUCCGUCUGCUCUUAUCAUGUCUAAAACUCUUGGAAUGUUGCUUGGAACCAGAAUCACUUUGGCAAAGUGAUAGUGAUGAGCAUGAUAUCUUGGAGGCAGUUGGUGGAGUCAGAAGGGUUAUAAAAAGUAUUGCUCAUCUUCUGAUGGCUACCUUUGAAUGGAGAAAAAAUGCCAGAUCAUCAGCAGAUUUGGAGAAAUAUGUGACUGAUACAAACUGUCUAGCUUUGUUGUUAAGUAAUAUUUUCAAGAAUUUUGUACCACUGGAAGCUUCUUGCCAGGUUAUAGAUCAUGAUGUAGCUAAAAGCUUGGUGGCAGUUUUAUGUGAUGGUGGUUUCUAUAUAGAGUACAGCAAGCAUCAUGCACAUCUCCUUGCCCACCUCAGUAAAGCAGAGCCCAGACUAGCCAAGCAAGUCAAGAGCAUCACCUUUGCUGCCCAAGGUCUCUGUGCCACAUCUGAUUUCCUGAGGACUUCCACCUCACAGCUUGCACAGUUUCUUGAGCUAGCUGAAAGAUCUCUCCCAGUGGCGAGCAUUCACCAAAGCACUGUGUUUGUGGAGAAGCUAGUAAGAGGAUUGGCAAAGCAGGUUGCUCUUGGAAAUGUGGAUGCAGAGCAGCUGGAGAGGAUGAGACAGUUGCUUCUGCAAGUUUUAAGCUAUCCUGAUGAUGAUUUACGAUCAACAGGUGUGUUUUUAAAGCUAGUUGAAGGAAGCAUUGGAAUAUCACAAGUAGCAGAUACAUCUCUUAGUAGAUCUGCCAGAGUAUCCAUUCUCCUUGCAUCAUCUGUCAUCAGAUUUCUUCUUUUUAGUGGACUGGUUGAUGAAAAUGAUGAGGUGGUUCAAGUAACAAAAGCCAUGUUGCUUGCCCUGUUUCGUGGCAAACUGUUGAUGAGUCAGACUGUGUGGGCUAAUGCUGUGGAAUGCUGGUGUGAAUGUCUCCUCGAUCUGCAGUAUUUAGCAGAUUCAGACACCAACCUUGGUCGAGCAGUUGCUAAUCUUCCAGCUGACAUUUACGGAAGUAAUAGAAUAGAGGAAAAUUUUAAGAUUUUAAAGUUCCACCUCCAGUGCUUAUACUCAAAGGACAGAGAGAUAAGAGUCCAAGCGCUGUCACAUGUGGUUCACAGACUGGCAGCGGAAACAACAGUUUUUGUCCCGGAUCCACGCGCGUUCCACUUGAUGACCCACCAUGACUUAUUCAUUAACAGUCAGCCAAUCCAUCUACUUCUUAAAGGCAGAAUAUCAACAGAGACAGGAAGAUUGGCAAAGGUGGUGGAACUGGUGAUGAGUGCUGGUGAGAGUGAGGUGCGCAGAGCAGCAUGGUCACAACUGGCUUUCUUCCUAGAGGACCCUGCCCUCCACCAACCCUUCCUCCAGCUCUGCUCCAUCCAGUACAUUGUAAUGAACUUUGUAGGCAUGUUGAAGGUAAGCAGUGUAUAAGUAGACGGAGAGUAAUUUUUCUUAAACCAUCACUGAUUAGAUAUGGGUUAAAAAAAAAAUAAAUAAAAGCAUUUUACUGUUUUGGUUAAGUGUCUUGAUAGUAUCCAUAUGUUUAUGCAUUUAUUUAUAGUUAUUUGUCUUGCUCUAACUGUUUUUCGUAUGAUAAAAGCUAACAUAUACUUUUAA